AGCAAAUCAUGGCGGAAGAUCAAGAACAUGGUGCACUGGUCCCCGUUUGUGAUGUCUUUCAAGAAGAAGUACCCUUGGAUCCAGCUAGCAGGACAUGCAGGUAGUUUCAAGGCAGCAGCCAACGGCAGGAUACUGAAGAAGCACUGUGAAUCAGAGCAGCGCUGCCUCGACCGCCUGAUGAAUGAUGUCCUGAAGCCCUAUGUUCCUGCCUACCAUGGUGACGUUGUGAAGGAUGGGGAGAGAUACAACCAGAUGGAAGAUCUGCUGGCUGAGUUUGACUCCCCCUGUGUUAUGGACUGCAAAAUGGGGGUCAGGACAUACUUGGAGGAGGAGCUGAUAAAGGCCCGGAAGAAGCCGAGCCUGAGGAAGGACAUGUACCAGAAGAUGAUCGAGGUGGACCCUGAUGCCCCCACUGAGGAGGAGAAUGUGCUGCGGGCGGUAACCAAGCCCCGCUACAUGCAGUGGAGAGAGACCAUCAGCUCGACUGCCACACUGGGCUUCAGGAUUGAGGGGAUAAAGAAAGAGGACGGCACUGUGAACCGGGACUUCAAGAAGACACGGACAAAGGAACAAGUCAUGGAGGCCUUCAGGGAGUUCACCAGAGGAAACCGCAAUGUUUUAAACAGUUACCUUAACCGGUUGAAGGGUAUCCGCGCUACCCUGGAGACUUCCCCGUUUUUCAAGUGCCAUGAGGUGAUUGGGAGCUCUCUCCUCUUCAUUCACGACAAGAAGGAACAGGCCAAAGUCUGGAUGAUUGACUUUGGGAAAACCACCCCGUUGCCGGAGGGACAAGUUCUCCAGCACAACGUGCCCUGGGUGGAAGGGAACAGAGAGGACGGCUACCUCUGGGGGCUGGACAACCUCAUUCAGAUCCUGACAGAGUUGUCCCAGAGUGAAGACUUGCAUUAAAGCCGUGUGUCCAACUCUGCCACUACCCCCAACCUGCCCCCCGACUGACUCUUCUGAACUGCACUACAAGACACUUUCCAGCCCUCACCCUUCCCAUUUGAAAGCUAUACUCUCCCUA